ACGUGGUUUGCAGUAGUCGGGGGGGGGGGGGGGGGGGGGGGGGGACUGUGUACUUGCAUCACGAAGGCACCACAGCGUAACAAGAAGGAAUCCAGAUCAUUCACUGCCAACUGCUGGAACACGGCCUGACUACUUUUUUAUUCAGGGGCAAACCUCUCCCGAGCGCUCUCUUUGUUACCGAGAGCAGUUGUUUUUAUCGAGCCAACGCCGGGAAAAAAGAAUUUUCAAUCCAGUUGAUUUCAGUCACAAUCAUGCAACAUAAUAAUUUGUACUAAUUUGUUUUUACGAUCAUUUCAUUUUAAUAGAAAAACUGAACCUCUGAGGAGGUUUUUCUUUGCGUUCUUUGUGUCAUUGACAUUUUCCAGCACAGUGCCUAUACUGUAUCAAGGUGGAGAGAGAAAUCUGAGCACUCCAUUCAAAACAACAACAACAAUGUAUGUAGGCUGCCCAGGAAUGUAUACGACUGACCAGAUACCAUCGAAGCCCAAAAGAAAGGGGGCUUUUUGUGAUGAUGAUGAAUGAAACUUUUUUUUUUUUUAUAUCUGUGUCCUUCAUCGUCAAAAAACAAAACAAACAACAACAAAAAAAUUGCGUGGUUGCUUGAUGUCUGUACACGAUGCGCAUCCUCGCCCUGCUCUCUUCAAACCACUGGAAACUUGCAGUUGGGACUUCAAGACAAAGCUGGUGAUCGCUAAAGGAAUUCCAAGCGGGUGUUGUCAAAGUUCAUUGGACAACGUGUACCUGCAUGCUUUCCACCGAAGCAUGCCGUGACGUCAGCUUGUGAAAGGACUCCAGUUGUGUUUCAAUGUAGUAUUAUUGGAUUACUGGCACAUAAUGUGUAUGUGGAGUCUAAAUCCCAAAUUCUGGUGUAAUAACAAAAAAAGAAAAACAAAGGAAAAGCAAUCUGUAUCAAAAUGUGAUUUUUGUUUCACGGUGAGAUGCGUCGGAUGGAAAAUGCUCCUGCGGGUGAAACUGUAGCUCUGCUUGUACCAGAUCGAAGACGGCGACCUUUCCAGCGACGCGUGCUCAUACGGGAGCGUUGAAGACCACAGCCGGAGCGCGAUGUGGACAUUAUGUACAGUGGAGACUUUGUGACGUUGAGUGCACACAAAAACAAAUGUUACCAGUGGAGUGAACAACAAGUAUCUGUGCCAAAUAGAGCUGAUAUAUAUAUAUAUAUAUAUAUAUAUAUAUAUAUAAUCUCUUUGAUCCACCAGCAUCAUGUGCAGGAGGCAACUGUUCUGUAAAGUUGAAGUUGUGCUUUCAUUUCAGGCUUCUGUCCGUUGAAACAAAACGCACACAUUGUGUCAAACGUGUGCUCGCUCUCCCAUUCAGCCACCGUCAGUUUCUCUUUCUUAACCGUCAUUUUGCCAAAUUCUAACCUUUCCGUCUGUCCACUUCAAUAAGCUGCCACUCUGACGUCGGACUGCCUCAAACGAUUGAACGCGACUCGAGGUUCUGUUCUGUUCUUUCAAGCCGACGAGCCAAAACUGCACAUAAACAGGGACCAGCUGGACUCGAGCUGCACUUGUGAUGCUUCACAGGGCAGGAAACCGCAUUCGGGGGGUUUAGGCUGAUGACACGUGGUCACUACGGGCUUCUCUGUGUCAUCAUGGAAUCAUGGAACGCACCGAAGCCCCCCGAGCUGAAUGCGAGCACUUUAUAGACUUCCUAGCCCGUCGUGUCAAAGACGUAUUACUGGGGAUUCUGGUCAAUUUGAACCAUUUUGAACACCGGUUUAAUUCAGACGAAAUGAAGCUGCACCACUGCUUUGAAACUUGAAAUGGAGAUUUGCAGGCUUACAGGUGACCAAGACAGCAGGAGGGAAGAGUGGAGACAGCUGUGAGAUAAAGAGAGACGUGCACGACAGAAUUACGAUUUUUCUCUUCUCAUGCUCUAUAUUGUUAUUUUGUUUACAUUUGUAAGUAUUAAACAGCUGUUUGAGUCUGUUACGCAUUGUGUAUAGUUACUCUUUACAUUAAUAAAUAAAAUCAUCCGUUUUGGAAAAAAAUAACAUCUCCCGCAUUGAUUAUUUUGCAUUUUGUUUGUCUUGUUUUGUCUGCUGUUACAACAAAGCUUGUUGUCAAAUAGAAGUUUGUAUAUUGACCGAACAAAAGAUGACUGUAAAUGUGUCUGUGUGUGUGUGUUUGUGUGCUGAUGACGAUAGAUUUCUAGAGUUUGCUUGUGUGUCUCUUUUCACCUGCUGUGUUCCCACACACACACACACACACACACACACACAAUUAUGUUGCCAGCAAACACACACGCUCAGAGGUUUCUGUCAGUUAUUCAUACGACAACAUCAUGAUUGGGAGGGAGGUUUUUCUGGGACUCUUGCUCAUAUGUGUCUCCACAGGUGUUGAGAACUUUGGAGACUUGAGGAAGCCGUCCUGCCCGGACACUCACGAGAUCUUGGCGUGUCCUCUGAACCUCGCCCCCGUGUGCGGCACCGAUGGAAUCACCUACGCCAACGAGUGCACGCUGUGCGUGCAGAGACAAACGACCAGGGUGGACAUUUUGAUUGCCAAAGAGGAGAGCUGCUGACCGGUGCAUGCAGGAGAUGAUGUCAUCGCUGAAGUUCACCACUCAGGAUCUGAUUAUCAACCCAACAUGGAUCUGUGAAAUUGCCAUUUCCAAAUGUGUCUCUAAAUUGCAAUGAGUAAUAAAUGUUAACGAGCAA